AUAGUUUACUUUCCGGGUUUGAGCGAUAACUUGAUCACGUUGGUGGGGCGGAGCGUAGAGGAGGAUGGACGGAACUCAAAUUAGAAUUUUGGCGGGUGAUUGAGAAAGAAAAGAGCAGUAAGCGCGGGCGGGCGUAGACUUUAAAGGUGAGAUUUAAAAGCCUGUCCGCUAACGUCAGUAUUCCUUCAGCCGGACAUCAGUACCAGAUGUGAAUCCAGGUGAGGGGAAAGCACCUAGUAAAGGUCUCAUUUCGUAUUAUUGCUCUUGCAUUUUUCUUGGACACAAGAAGAACUCUUAAGUCUCUGCUGGUGAAAAUAUGGAUGGUGAUGAUGACUUAGACCUGUUAGCCUCCCUGUUGGAAGAGAAUGAGGCAGCUGUAGAGCAGGAGUCUGAAGAGAAUGGAGUUAAUGUGGCUGCAGAUGGAGAGCCAGAUGAGUAUAAUGAGCUCUUUGAUGCAGAAGAUGAUGAAUCCUACACUGAGGAUGUGGACGCUGAUGAGGGAGAAUCCAGUGACCACAAAGAGAAUGUGGCUGAGUUGUUUGGAGAUGUGGGUGACCUGUCAGAGGAGGAGGAGGAGGAGAAAGCUGUGCAGGGAACACCUCAUUCUCUAGCUGCUGAUCAGGCAAAGGAGAAGACCAAUCAACAUCUGCAAGGUGAGUUGAGGAAGUUGCAAGAACAAAUGAAGAAACUACAGGAACAGCUACAGAUGACAGCAAUAGAACAGUCUGCUAAUACUGCCCCUAGCAAGAAAAGUUCUGGCAAAUCUCCUGCUGCCCCCUUAAAGGAAAGGAAGCUUCAUGAGUCACCUUCUUUCUUGGCCCAGCUCAACUGUCCUGCGCAGCCUCCACCCAAAGGCCAUGGCCAGAAGACGAAACCUUCACUGUCGGAGAAUAAAAGCCAUGCUUCAAAGCCAGCUUCAGGUUUGUUGCCUCAGCCUCUUAAGUCCGUGACUGGGAACAGACCUGAUGUAGGCAUCAGUCUGAGAUCUCAACUGCCAAAAAGCGCUGGUGUAAAUAAUCAAGAUGUCUCUUUUGAAACCUUCUCUGGGCUCAGGUUAAGAAAACCCCGUAUAUCCUCAGUUGAGAUGGAAAGAAAAAUGACAGGCCGGAAGUUUAUUAGACUUUCCCAAUUGCAAGACAAACUUGCUUCAAUGAAUCUUGAGGAAACAGACUGGGUAACAUUUGGAGUCAUCAUUAAGAAAGUUACUCCUCAGAGCUCCAAUAAUGGGAAAACCUUCAGCAUCUGGCGACUGAAUGACCUACGUGACUUCAGCAGAUGUGUCUCAUUGUUUCUGUUCGGUGAUGUUCACAAAGAUCACUGGAAGACAGACCAAGGCAUGGUCAUAGGGUUACUCAAUGCUAAUCUCAUGAAACCAAAAGAAGGAUCGGAUGAGGUGUGCAUAUCUGUUGAUCAUCCCCAAAAGAUCUUACUUUUGGGUGAGGCCAUGGACUUGGGAACCUGUAAAGCUAGGAAGAAAAAUGGUGAGCCCUGUACACAGAUGGUUAACCUGAACGAAUGUGAAUAUUGUCAGUAUCAUGUACAAUCCCAGUACCGACGGCUCAGUUCAAAGCGGGCAGAGCUGCAGUCUACCUUCUCGGGCUCGCGGGCUCCAAAAAGGACAGCAAAGAAGAACCUCGGUUUGAAAGAAAGGCUUUGUCAAGAUGGCUUUUACUACGGAGGGGUUUCCUCAGCAGCUUAUGCAGCUUCAGCUGCGGCAGCUGCUGCUCCAAAGAAGAAAAUCCAAACCACCCUGUCCAAUUUGGUGGUGAAAGGAGUUGAUGCCGUUGUGCAGGAAGCCAAGCAAAAGCUAGGCUUGUCAAAGCAACCUUUGCCAUGUUCAGAGGAAUUCAAAGAACUACUGUCAAUGCCCUCUUUUGGAGCACGGAACCUAAACAAACAUCUAGCCAAAGCCAGUGCGCCAGUGUCAGUUGGGAAGCAAAGCCCGGCUUUCCAGUCCAUCCCUGCGUCAGCUCUGCUUAAGCAACAGAAGCACCAAAUGCUGGAAGCAAGGAAAAGGAGAUCUGAAGAGAUGCAAAAGAGGUUUCUUCAAAAUACAAGCAGUGUGAACAUGCCAGCAGUACCGUCUUCCGCAGAACCAUGUGUGCUACGGUCUCCAACUCCAGGGGCUGAGUUUCCCAAAGCUGCCAAAUUAUCAAGCCCCCAAACUCCCAGACUUGGCACAGGCUUCUCUGAAGGAGAUGAUGUUCUCUUUUUUGAUGAUGUGACUCCUCCAGCACCCAAACUGAAUGGCUUGGCAGAAGCUAAGAAGAUGGCAGCUAUAAAUAAACUGCGUACAAAAGGCCGGGUUCUCGCUAAAGUGGACCCAAACAGCAUAAAACGGAAACGAUCUGAUCUUAAUAUUCUGGAGAUUUGCGAGAAAGUUGAGAAAAAUAUCCCUCUAUCUGAAGACGUUGAUGCAGCAGAACCUGCCCCAAAAAAACGGCGCCAGCAGCUUGCAUACUUGGAGUCCGAUGAAUUUCAAGAGAUCUUGAAUGCUAAAUCCAAGCAUAUGGGUGUCCUUAAGGAGUUUGAAGCUGAGCUGCAGGAACGCUAUUUUGAGCCCUUGGUGAAAAAGGAACAAAUGGAAGAGAAAAUGCGGAGUAUCAGAGAAGUGAAGUGCCGUGUUGCAACCUGCAAAACAUGUAAAUAUACCUAUUUCAAACUCCUGGAUUCGUGUGUGGAACAAAAUCACGAUUAUCACUGGCAUGAUGGUGUCAAGCGAUUUUUCAAGUGUCAGUGUGGAAACAGAGCAAUAUCUCUUGAUAAGCUGCCAAAAAAACACUGCAGCAAUUGUGGUCUAUUUAAAUGGGAACGUGAUGGAAUGCUCAAGGAGAAGAAAGGUCCCAAGAUCGGCGCGGAAACUCUUUUGCCAAGAGGGGAAGAACAAGCCAAAUUCCUCAACAGCAUGAAAUAACUAUGAAAAGUUCUUUCUCUCCUUUGCACUUGCCUUUUGAAUUUGUCUCCUGUUUCUAGUAAGGUGCAGUGGGUCAGAGUUUCAAAAUGAAGGACAAGUUCCUUCUGAAAGACACAGCAGUCAUAACUCCACUUACCUAGGAGUAAGCCCCAUUGGAUUCAGUGAGGUAGAUGUGGUUAGGAUUGCAGCCUUAGUUACCUAACCAUCUUUCCUCUGUGGAGUCUGAAUGAUCAUUUGCUUUGGGCUUUCUUUAUUCAGUCUGAAAUGCUGAAUGGGUGAACCUGAUCAUAAUUUAGGAUUUACCCUUCAUUUGAUUUCAGAAGAGGUACCUAUUUUCUUAGAUCACACAUUGUAUGUUUUCCUUGAAAUGGAAGUGUAAUAGAAGCACUUUCUCAGAAAGUUUCUGCAGAUAUGGUUGUGGCCACAUCCAGCUCUAUUAAUCUGAAACUACCUCAGCAGCGCCACAAAAAACAUUUACCAGGCUUUGUCUAGAGAGCAAGGUUUCACAGUACCUGGAAAGAUGAUGUUUCUCAACUAUCUGUAUUGAAAAUAAUUCUUUCUAGGACUAGCACCAAACUGUGGCUACUUGUACUUUGUCUUGGUAAUAUGCUCACCACACUAAUGCAUCUUCCCAAAUACACACCUGGAAUAAUUAUCAUUCAAAGUCUUACUUUUCCUAAUGAAGAAGAAAGAAGUAUUUUGUGAUUUAAAUAAGACAAAUUACCUUGUUUUAAUGCAUUUGGUUUUCAAACUUUUGCCCUAGCUUAACAUUUAAAAAUUAUUCAAGUUUGUAUCAUGCCCAGAUGCUUUUAUCAGUAGUUUGGAGGGUGCAGAAUGUUUCAGAGAGUGAACUGUCUACUCUAAAACAUCAUUUUCUGUGAAAACUCAGCAAGAAGCAAGGGGAUCUCCAAAAUUAGAACAUAACAGUCAUGUGAAAUGGAACUAAAACUUCAUAAACAAUGGAUAAGCUCAGAAAAAAAUCCUGAGUUGUCUCUCCUAUCUUCCCUUGUGGCAUAAUUUGGAUUGGUAGCUUGAGCUGUGAAUUUGCAAAAAUCUUACCCAUGUAUAUUUCACCACUUACUUUGUAUCCCUUCAGGUUUGCCCAUAUUUACAAUUAAUAUCAAAAUUGUUUCCUUUUGUUACUUGUGACUUCAGUGACUCAACAAGGUAUAACUGCUUGGUAUGUUACUGGAAUUUCUUGAGGACUACAGUGUUGUGAUUAAAAAUCUUACCUAGUUGUCUUGGAACCUUAUGUAUAUGCUGCAUAGUAAAUGUAUGGAAUGGGCCGAAACAGGCCAGUAUGUAAUAUUACAAUAAACAAUGAUAAAAAUCUG